AUGUCUGUCCAGAACAAUGCUAGGUUCGACUUUAUCAUUGUUGGUGGUGGUACUGCCGGCAACGUUGUUGCUGGCCGCUUGGCCGAGAACCCCAACGCUAAGAUCUUGAUUGUUGAAGCCGGUGUUGCCAACUCGAAAGACAUCGAGGAGAUCAGAACCCCUUCGGAAGCUAUGGAGCUCCGUAACAGCCAGUAUGACUGGGCCUACAAGUCAACCAUGAUCAAGCGAGACGACUAUGAACGUGUUGAGAAGCCCAACACCCGGGGUAAGGCCCUUGGUGGUAGUUCGUCCCUGAACUACUUCACCUGGGUUCCUGGAUCCAAGGGUACCUUUGAUAUGUGGGAAGAAUAUGGUGGGAAGGAAUGGACUUGGGACUCACUUGUUCCCUACUUGCGGAAGAGCGCGACCUACCAUGACGAUGAGAAGGCCUACUCGCCAGACCUGAAAAAGAUCGGACAAAACGGCCCUAUUCCGAUUUCCCACUCCGAGCUCAUUCCGGAGAUGAAGCCUUUCCGUGACCUCCUCACUACUGCAUGGAAGUCCACUGGUCAGCCAAUCAACGAAGACAUUUUCGACGGUCAAAUGGUUGGCCUAACCCACAGUGUAAACUCGAUUUACAAGGGUCGCCGCUCGGGAAGUUUCCUUUGUGUCACCGACAAGCCAAAUAUCACUAUCCUUCCCCAGGUGCACUCGAAAAAGCUUAUCAUCGACGAUGCUGAUAAGGUCUGUAAGGGUGUGACUGUCAUCACGGGCUCUGGCCAGGAGCUCAACUUCUAUGCUACGCGUGAAGUCGUUGUCUCCCAAGGCGUCUUCGAGUCUCCUAAGCUACUGAUGCUUAGCGGCAUCGGACCUGCCGCCGAGCUUAAGAAGCACGGCAUCCCGGUGAUUAUCGACAACCUUCACGUGGGUCAGCAUCUCCUAGAUCACCCUGGCGUUCCUUUCGUCCUUCGCGUGAAGGACGGCUUCGGUAUGGAUAACCACGUCCUACGCAAGGGAACCACCCAGAACAACCAGGCUGUCCAAGCCUACCAGAACAACCACGGCGGACCAUUAGGCUCCGGGUUCCUCGAAAUGGUCGGAUUCCCCAGGAUCGAUAAGUACUUAGAAAAGGACCCCCAGUACCGUCUGGCCAAAUCCUCGAACGGCAACAAGGACCCAUUCUGCCCGUACGGCCAGCCUCACUUCGAGCUUGACUUCGUCUGUCUCUUCGGCAGCGCGUUCCAGUGGCAUUACCCCACACCAAGCAAGGGAGAUUACAUCACUGUUAUGGUUGAUCUUGUCCGCCCCGUCUCUGAACCCGGUGAGGUCACCCUCAACAGCGCCGACCCGCUACAGCAACCCAAUAUCAACCUUAACUACUUUAACAAUGACCUCGACAUUAUCGCUAUGCGCGAGGGUAUUAGAUAUGCCUACGAUGUCUUGAAGAACGGGGAGGGCUUUAAGGAUAUCAUAGAGAGCGAGUACCCCUGGGAGAUGCCGCUGCACGACGACAAGCUCAUGAAGAGAGCUGUGCUAGACCGCUCCCAGACCUCCUUCCACCCUUGCGGUACUGCCCGUCUCUCUAAGAGCAUCCAGCAGGGUGUGGUUGACCACAACCUCAAGGUCCACGGCGUUAAGAAUCUCCGUGUGAUUGACGCAUCCGUCAUCCCUGUCAUUCCCGACUGCCGGAUCCAAAACUCCGUGUACAUGGUUGGUGAGAAGGGUGCCGAUGCCAUCAAGCGUGACCACGUCGACUUCUACAAAUCUAGUUAG